GUAGUGAUGGUAAGUAGUGGAAAGCGAGAAAAGAGGAAAAAUCAUUUGUUUGAUCUACACGUUCAAUUAUUAAAAGUUUAUCAAUCCCCUCCUCAAUCCAACAAGUGGAAAGUGCAAUCGAAAACACACAGUAGAAGUAGACAGUGCACACAGUGCCGCGUUUGACAAAACGAACUUGCAAUUAGCAUGGUUGAAAGUAGUAUAAAAAACAAACUUGAUGCUUAUCGACGUCAGAAACGUAAAGAAGAAAUGACAGAGUUCAUAAAAAAUGCGAUACAUACUGCCGUGCCGUGGAAUAGGAGUAAAUCCGUCGAAGAUACUCCAGAAGCAGAACCGUUAAAGUCGACAGAGGAGGAUGACCAGGAUAUGGAAAGCACCUGUUCAGACGAUAGCGUUGACGAAUUGCGAUACUCAAAGAUAAAAAUAGUGAAAUAUUUCCUAUACUUCCUUCUAUGGGCUGUCUUAUAUAUAAUUGCAAUCGAGUACGAAUUUGGAGCGGUAUAUUUCAUCCUAUCUACGUUAAUAUUUAUCGGGCUGAAUACUCGAUCUAGGCCGAAAAAACCGGGUGAGCUCAGUGCUUAUUCUGUAUUUAAUCCGGACUGUAAACCGAUUGAAGGAACGAUCGACGCUGCACAAUUCGAAAGAGAAAUAAGAUACGGCAUAGGAAGCGUACAUUAUACUUGAAACUGUGGGACAUUAAAACUGAUCUAAUUAUUAUCACA